CAUUUUGCAAGACCAAUAUCACUCUAUAUUGCACGAUGGCAGCCCUUAGUACUACUCUUGAAAACAAAUUUGAGGAGCUAGAAGAAGCAAAGCAAACACUCCAAAACUCACGACCCAAGAUACAAAAGGUGGCAGAGUAUCUCCGAAACAGAGAGAAAUUUAAGAAGCAUUACGUACCCAAGUUGGUGUCAAUGGGUCCCAUACAUCACGGUAAUGAAAAUCUGGAGUUAGGAGAGAAGUACAAGCUUAGUUGGGCGGCGAAGUACAUCGAAAACACUAAACUAAAACCAAAAGAUCUAUUCAAAAGGAUUGCAGAUAACAUUGGUAAUCUGAAGAGUCUUUACGCCGAAGAAGUUUUAACUUUAACAAGUAAUAAAUAUCCAAAAGGCUUCGAUAAUGAAGCGCUGUGUUGGAUGUUGUUUGUGGAUGGAUGUGCUCUGCUUUUUAUAUUGGAGAAAGCCAAGCUAGAAAAAGCAAAAGAUAUGAAUAUUAAGGUCGACCAACUUGUUCUUGUGAUGAUGGAUGUGCUUUUGUUGGAGAAUCAGCUUCCUUAUUUAGUACUGAAGCUGCUGUGGAAAGAUGAAGCCGAGAUUAGUUUGCUAAGUACAAUGAAGAAUUUUCUUCAAUGUCAUCACUGGAGCACACCAGAAAAUAAGAGGAGGAGGCAACGGACACAAGGGACUACUAGUGAUUCUGUUUCCAACAACAAAAAAGGAGACCAACAACAACACAAAGUAGAUGUACCGGACGAGCCACAACCACCCACUCAUCUUCUUGAUCUUCAGCGAAAAAUCAUCUUGCCUUCCAAGGCCAAAGGCAAUGAAUCUAACAAGAAGAAAGUUGGUGUCUAUAAAAGUUGGUGCAAGGAAACUCACAACAUCGUAGAGGAUAAAAAAAACGAGAUGACGACAUACAGGAACAUACAGGAACUAAGAGCAGCAGGGAUAACACUGAAAUCAAGCAAGACACGAAGGCCAACAGACAUAGAAUUCUACGAGGGUUGGUUCGCCGCAACAUUGGUGCUUCCUGAGAUCGUUGUGGACGACACAACAGCCAUUACAUUUCUCAACCUCAUAGCAUAUGAGAUGUGUCCUGAUUUUGAGAAUGAUUAUGGGAUAUGUUCUUUUGCAGUUUUCAUGGACUCACUCAUCGACCACCCUGAUGAUGUGAAAGAAUUGAGAUCACAAGGGAUUUUGCUCAAUUCCCUUGGCAGUGAUAAGGAAGUUGCCAAGCUAUUUAACAUCUUAAGUACUGAUUUGGUAGCUAACACGGAAACAUAUGCAGAAGUUAGACUUAAAAUACAUGAGCAUUAUUUGAAUAGAUGCAAGACUUGGAUAGCGUUGGGUUUUCACACCUAUUUCGACAACCCUUGGGCUAUUAUUGCCUUCCUUGCUGCGGUUUUUGCAUUGGUUCUCACUUUCAUCCAAACGUGGUAUGCCAUUCACCCGGCUUGCUAAACAAUCAUAAGUGUGGUUUGUUGUUGCAUAACCAAUAAUAGAUGUUGUUUUUGUGAUAUUGUGAUAUUGUGACAUGCAUAAUAAUUGUCUUCUUGUAAGCCAAGUAGUAGUGUGUACUUCACUUCUCUUUGGAUUGUGUUGAUUUUUUGAGGAUUUUUUUGGGUUCAAUUGGUUGUUUUGUAUCCCUUCAUGAUUGAGUAUUUCAAAAAUGAAGAGUGUCUUCUUUUUGUGUGGAUUUGAAUUGUAAUAAUUUUUAGAUUUCAAAUGCAAAUUUAGUGAAGAAAAAGGUUAACUAUUUGAUCAAA